AUGGCAGGAGUAAAAGCACGUGGAAGGGAAUUCAUUAGGAGACGCGCAAAGGAAGCUGAGCUCCUGAAACAGUCUGGCAAAAGUCUUAAAGUGACGGAGAGAUCACAUCAAAUAGCCAAGAUGGCAGGAGCCAGGCCAAAGCAGCGUGAACCUUUGAUCCCAGAGGAACCUCCGGAGGAGGGCGCUAUAUCUGAUGAUGGUGCUAAAAUUUCAACUGAGACUGGGACCACUCCUAAAAAUGUGGAAGAACUUUUAGUCUGGUUGGUAAAGCGCCAAGAAAUAGGUGACCAGCGCAGACUGGAGGAGGAGAGAUUUUAUCGUGAGCAAGAAAGGUAUCGUAUGGAAAAAGAGGAACAGCAACGUAAGGAUGAGUUGAGGCAUCAGGAAGCUGAGAGAGCAAAGAGAGAUGACCAGUUUCUCAAAUUACUGCAAGCAAUGCAGCAUAAUAUGCCUCCUGUGCCAAGUUUAAAACUCACUAAACUGUCAGAGACUGAUGACAUAGAAGCAUAUUUGACAGUAUUUGAGAGAGUUGCUCAAGCAAGUCAAUGGCCAGAAAAUCAAUGGGUCAUUCAUCUUGCACCCUUCCUCACCAGCAAGGCUCAGCAAGCAUAUAGCCAAAUGAGGAUUGAGGAUGCUGGGGACUAUCAAAAAGUCAAAAGUUCCAUUUUGAGGCGGUAUAAUAUUCACACGGAGACCUUCCGACAGAGGUUCAGAGGCUAUAUCUACAUUGAAAAGGAGGGACCCAGAGAGACCUAUACGCGUCUGACUGAAUUGUGCCAAAAGUGGAUUGUUCCAGAAAAUAAGACUGUCCAACAAGUCUUGCAAACCAUUAUUCUUGAACAGUUUCUAGAAAUCCUUCCUGAACCGUUGAGAGUUUGGCUAAAGGAGCAUCAGCCAGAGAGCGGUGACCAGGCUGUGAUAUUGGCAGAGAAUUAUUUACUCGCAAGAAAAGGACUAUCACGUAAGAUGCAUAUGGUAAGAGCUACUCCAGUUGUUGGCAGUGGUGAUAAACCCAGACAAGACACUUUAAAAAACAAAGGUCACACUAAAGAUGUUAUUUGUUUCUUGUGUCAUAAAGUGGGACAUUUAGCCAAAGACUGUUUAAGUAAGAGGGUAAAGUCUGGCAAGGAGACUGUUACAAAUUGUGUUGGUGUGGUGAAUGAUUAUUUACAACCUGUCAAAAUCAACUCCAAAACUGUAAAAGCUUUAGUUGAUACAGGGAGCCAACAAUCUUUAAUUCGGUCCAAUUUGCUAGCUUCCCCAAAUGUCACUGGUCAGUUACCUUUGAAGUGUGUUCACGGGGACACAAAAAUAUACCCUAAGACAGUACUACCUGUGGAAAUAGCCAAUACACGGGUGUCGUUGGAGAUGGGCAUAGUACCUAACUUACCUUACCCUGUUAUUUUGGGGCAAGAUACACCUGGUUUCAGUGAUAUAUUGAACAGGGACAGUAAGGUGUCUGCUGUGUCAACAAGGUCUCAAGUUAAAAGCCAGACUACAGCUGAAAACUUGGGUGAAAUAUUUCCUUUUGAAAAAGAUGUGUUUCAGGGUACAGGUGGAAAAAAAUCUAAACUGGUUCCAGUUCCUUUGGUUGAUACUCCAUUUGAAAGAGUAGCCAUGGAUAUCGUUGGUCCUUUGCAAAAAAGCAGUAAAGGAAACCAAUAUAUAUUAGUUGUGAGUGAUUAUAUGACUCGCUAUCCAGAGGCUAUUCCUUUGAGAAGUAUCACUACCAGGAAAAUUGCAGAAGAACUGAUUAAACUGUUUAGCCACAUGGGUAUUCCUCAAACUAUACUUACAGACCAAGGUUCAAAUUUCCAGUCCAGUCUAAUGAGACAGAUAAACCAGCUUCUGGGUAUACAAGCGGUAAGAACCUCUCCAUACCAUCCACAAACUGAUGGUCUGGUUGAGCGUUUUAAUCAAACGCUAAAAAAAUGCUCAGGAAGUUUGUAA